GCUCCAGGUGUGCGAUGCAGACAGUGUACUGAAAUUUCCCAUUCUCCCUCAAAGAAUGACUCAGCAAAGGACUGUGAGACUGUCUGCAAUAGCUGCUACGUAGCUAACUGUGGGAUACGUAAGCAGCCCUCACCAGUUUAUGUCCUGUCCAUCGACUUCGUCUUUGUGUCCCUGUGCCCAUCCGCCUAACUCACGUGGCUGCAAUAAGUCGGUUUGUUGACCGCCAUGCCUUCUGCUGCUUUACUGCUGCUGGCCCUCUCCUCCUCAGUCUCCCUCACAGUGGCGGUCCUAUUUGGCGAGCCUAGAAUUUUUGGAGAUGAUGCCACUGGAUAUGGCCCAAUCUUUGAGGAGGAGCCUGUGGAUGUGGUGUACACUGAAGACUCACCCGAUGGGAGAAUCUCCAUGAACUGCAGGGCACGAGCGAACCCACCUGCCUCAUACAGGUGGCGCCGUGAUAACUGGGAAAUCAAGCUGAUGGAGCAGCCGGACGAACACUACAGCCUCGUGGGGGGGAACCUGGUUAUCACCAACCCCAGACAGAAGAAACACGCUGGGACGUACAUCUGCGUUGCCAGGAAUAUCUAUGGCACUGUCAUCAGCAAGGAGGCCAGGGUCAAGUUCGGAUUUGUGGAGGAGUUUCCCCAGGAGGAAAGAGACCCAGUGUAUGUCAAAGAAGGACAGGGGGCUGUUCUGCUGUGUGCCCCUCCGAAAGCCUGGCCACAGGAGGUGACCUACCGCUGGAUCUUCAAUGAGUUCCCGGUUUUCCUGCACACAGACCGCCGACGGUUUGUCUCCCAGAAGACGGGGAACUUGUACAUCUCCAAAGUGGAAGCUCAGGACGCAGGAAACUACUCCUGUUUUGUUUCCAGCCCCGUCACCGGGAAGAGCGUCUUCUCCAAGUUCAUUCCCCUCAUCCCCUUACCCCCUGACGAUGGUGAGGAGAGAAAAUACCCAGCAGACAUCAGGGUGAAGUUUCCAGAUACUACUGCCAUGCUGGCCUCUAAUAUUACAAUGGAGUGUUUUGCUCUGGGAAACCCCAUCCCUCAUAUUGUUUGGAGGAAGGUGGACCACACAGACCUCCCACCAAACCAUGAGAUCAGUGAAUCAGGAGCUGUGCUUCAUCUGUACAAUGUACAGUACGAAGAUGUGGGAGGAUAUGAGUGUGAAGCCAUCAACACUAAAGGAAAGGACUGGCACAAGGCCUGGCUGUACGUGGAGUCUGCUCCAGAGUGGGCCGAAACCAUCAACAACACUCAGAUGGACAUUGGCUCAGAGCACACAAUGCGCUGUGUGGCAUCAGGGAAGCCCUUCCCUUUCAUCCGCUGGUACAAAGAUGGAUAUAUGUAUGGGAAGGGGGAGUUGAAGUUUUCCAGUCUCACUUUUGAUGACUCAGGAAUGUACCAGUGUAUCGCUGAGAACUACUGGGGCAUCAAAUACGCCAACGCUGAGCUGCGAGUCAUCUCCUGUGCUCCUACAUUCGAGUUCAACCCUGUAAGGAAGCAGCUUCUUGGAGCAAAAGACGGUCGCGUGGUGAUCGAGUGUAAACCCCGAGCUGCUCCUAGGCCGCGGUACACCUGGAAAAAGGGGAAAGAGCUCCUCUUCAACAAUUCCCGCAUUUCCAUCAUGUUUGAUGGGAGUCUGGAGAUCCUCAACGCCACCACCAAUGAUGAGGGCGUGUACACCUGCUUUGCUGAGAAUGACAAAGGAAAGGCCAACAGCUCGGGCUAUCUCACCAUCACAGAGGCUACCAGCAUCACAGAACCACCCGAAGACACUGAGGUAAAGGUUGGGGAUGAGGUGAUUCUUAGGUGUGCCGCUUCAUACGACCCCAUGCUGGACAUCACAUUCAUCUGGUCCAUAGACUUCAGGGUCAUCGACUUUGACUCGGAGUGGCAACACUACGAACGCGAUAUGAGUGAAGAUGGCAGCGGUGACCUGAGAAUAAAGAAUGUCCAGAUUUGGCACGAAGGUCGCUAUCACUGCACGGCUCAGACAGUGGUGGACAGCGAUACUGCAUACGCUGACCUCAAGGUUGUAGGUGUUCCUGGGCCUCCCGGUGUGAUCCGGGUGGAGGAGAUCGGGGACACGUGGGUGAAGCUGUUGUGGACUAAAGGAGCCGAGCACAACAGCCCCAUUCUCUCCUACACAAUUCAAACCAGACACUUCUGGGCCCUGAAUGAAGAUGACUGGAAGGAUGCCAGCACCAGUCCAACCUUUCUUGACGGCAACGCGGACAGGGCAGAAGUGACAGACCUGUACGCCUGGAUGGAAUAUCAGUUCAGGAUCAUCGCCACCAAUGAGUACGGCUCCGGAGAGGCCAGCAUCCCCUCCCUCAAGAUAAAAACCUGGGAUGCUCCUCCAGUUAUUUCUCCCACUGAUGUGGCGGGUUAUGGAGGUAGAAAUGGCGAGAUCGUCAUCACAUGGAAUCCCGUGCAGCCGUGGUAUUUCUACGGGAAAAAGUUUGGCUACAUUGUGGCAUUUAAGCCUCACGAUGCUUACGACUGGUGGUACGAGACCAUUUCGGACCCCGAAACGAGGCGUUACGUUCACAGGGACUCCUACUUCAUUCCCACUGAUGAAGAUUUCCAGGUCAGGGAGUUUCAGGUGAAGAUCAAGUCAUUUAAUGUCAAAGGAGACGGACCAUACAGCCUCACCAAGGUCAUCUACUACCCAAGAGAUGUACCUGUGGAGUCUCCGACAGACGUCUAUGCCAGACCGGUGUCCUCCACUGAAGCUCUGGUCUGGUGGUUGCCUGUGGUCGACACUGGUACAGGCCUGCAGCAGUACAUUGAGGGAUACCAGGUCAAAUACUGGAGGAAAUAUGAUGAUCCAGAGCCGGGAGCAAACCGUAUAUUUGUUUCAGCCACAGUCAACCAGACCAGGUUGGAGAACAUGCUGCCAGACUCGCACUACCUCAUUGAGGUCCGUGCCUUCAAUGGAGCCGGCCUCGGACCCCCCGGUGAACACUGUGAGAUGUUCACAAAGAGGCCACCACCACCAGAGCCUCCCAGGAUGUGGCGCUAUGUUACCUGGACAGGACAGUGGUUGUAUGUGUGGUGGGAUCAUAUCCAGUAUGACUGGUUUGGCAAUAUUUCCUUCCCACUGUACUACAAGGUGAUGUUCAGAAAGACAGGCUACUACUAUGGGAAAGUCUACGUCACUGGCUGGCACUUCAUGGACUUCCCCAUGCCUCAGUUUGGAGACUAUGAGCUGAUGGUACGCGGCCGUUAUGAAGGGGGAGAUGGCCCAAUCAGGAAAAUUAGCAUUAAAGGUAAAGCAUCAAUGAUCACGCCAACUCUAAGCCUGGCAUCUUUGGUGCUGCUGGCUCUGUGCAUUGUGGGAUUGGAAAUGUAAGCCCUUCCACAAGUGACAUGUAUAUAAUAGACUCUGGGAAGUACAUGUGUGGACACAAGAGAUCACCUCCAAACACUCUCCACAUGGAUUGUCAUUGGUUAAGAUCCUACAUCAUGCAUCUGUUCUGUUGCAACACAAAACAGGAAGUUGUUUUUCACAAAAAAAGCAUUGGUUGUUGGCCCUGAUACUUUUUAUGGAUUUCAUCUGUUAAUGAACAACACAGCAGUGAACUGUGCAGGACUCCUGCCUUGGCCAUAUCUGUAAAUAAGAUUGGAAAUCUUUCAUCUCAAAGCAAAAGCCAAAAUAAAUGACGACAGAUGCUGAUUGUUGGAUGAUAUGAUUAAGCUCUGCACACACUGUGUUCAGUUCCAAACAAAAUCAUUCACAAAAAGUUACUUUAAAGUUGUUUAAUGAAUGGAAAAACAGCAGUUAUUUCACUGCUACAUUAUGUCCUGUUCCUCUUCUAUCAUUCAACUUUCUUUAUGUUGUAAUCAUUGUAUCCUGUUUGGAGUUGAAAUGAACUAAACACACAGUACCAAAGUAGAAUUUAACUCAUAGAAUGGGGAAAUGUUAUUUUACAAGCACUAUAAAUCUCUCAGAUGUUCAAGCAAUUAAUAUGUAAAGAACUGUAUAAUAAUAACUUUUUGGUUUGAAAUGAGCAGAGAAGGAUGUGUGACUGCGUAUAGAUUUAAUGAAAAUAUGUCACUCCAUUUUCUUUCUUGGAGCACAGCAUAUCACAUUUUAAACAAGCUAAUCUUCACAAUCAUGUACACUUAUUUUUAGAUUUGUUUUCUAGAUCUUCAACGGUGCUGUGUGACAGGUAUAGAGAAUGCUUGCUUAAUCUUAAUUUAAAUGGUCAUCCUCAUUAGAAUCAUGUGCAUAGACAAGUGAAUUAUGAGUUCUAGCUGCACCAAUUAAAGCCAUAUAACCUGGGUGACAACUUCCUAUUGAGACAAAUGUUUUCUGAAAGUGAAAAUGUAAUAUUUGAAUGAUGAGGCCAGGGUUGGAUUGCUGAAUAAUACAUGUAUGUAUGCUAAUUUCUUUAUUUCAGGCUGCAAAACCAUUAAACAGAGUACAACAAUCUA